GUCACCCAAGUGUGACUCGAGUGUGAGUGACACAAGUGUGACCCUAGUGUGACCCAAGUGUGACCCGAGUGUCACCCGAGUGUCACCCAGGCGUGUUCACCUCCGAGAGUGUCCCUGGAGUGUCCCUGGAGUGUCCCCGGAGUGUCCCCAGCUGCCAUGGAGACCUGCAAGCUGUCCCCAGCCCUGCUGCAGCCACAGGUCACCGUGGUGGCCACACUGGGCGAGCUGCUGGCCACCCUGCCCAGCCUGGACGAGAUACUGCUCAUGUCCCCAGGGUGCCUGUACAUGGACCUGAAGGACUUCACCAGGGACCUCAGGGCCACCCUGUACCGCACUGAUGACACCUUGUGGCGCCACAAUGUCACCUACGAUGAUGAUGAUGAUCCUCCCACCUCCCUGAGCAAGGCCCUGGCCAUCUACAAGGACACCCCAUGGAUCCCCAGGAGCCGUGUGACAAUGGUGACCAUCAUGUGGCACCUGUCCGUAUCUGUGCUUGUGGACAGGUGGGCCCGGCUGGCCAGGAGGGCCACCGAGCUCUGCGAAGCCUGGAGGAGAGACGCCACGAGGGCGGCCACCAAGGUGAGACAGCGGGUGGAGGCGGCCCUGGGGCCACUGGAGCGCUUGGUGGCCGCGUGUGACAAAGCCACUGCCUUCCCCCGGGAGCUGCAGCGCAGGGUUGGAGACAUCGAGGCCGUCCUGACGGGGACAGAUGAGGUGUUCCCCAAUGUCCCUGAGGCCUUGGUGGCCAAGGUGGCCGUGGCCGAGCGGCUGUGGGAGGCCAACGCCCGCCUGGCCAAGGAUCACCUGCUUGGGACACUUCAAGACAUCAUCGACUUCUACUUUGGCUGUGGUCGUGCCAGCCCCAAUGCCCGUGAGGUGGCCAAACGGUGCCAGAGAGCCAUCGAGGACAUCCCAAGGCUCCUUCAACCCCCGGAGCGUCCCCAGAGUGUCCCCAAGGUGUUCCCACUGUCCCCGGCCCUGCUGCAGCCACAGGUCACUGUGGUGGCCAUCCUAGGUGAGCUGCUGGCCACCCUGCCCAGUCGGGACGAGAUGCUGCUACUGUCCCCAAAGCACCUGGACUUUGACGUGGUGGAAUUCACUGAGGAACUCCGGGCCACCCUGUACCGCUUUGAUGACACCUGGUGGUGCCACAAUGUCACCUCCAAUGAUGAUGAUGACCCUGUCACCUCCGAUGAUGAUGACCCUCCCAUCUCCCUGAGCCAGGCCCUGAUCACCUGCAAGAGCACCCCAUGGACCAUCCAGAAGCGUGUGACGAUGGCGGCCAGCAAGUGGCAGGGGUUGGUGGCUGCGCUUGCACGCAGGUGGGUCCAGCUGGCCAGCAAAGCCACGGAGCUCCGUAACACCUGCAGGGAGGUGGCCACCAAGGCGGCCAUCAUGGUAGCCACCGCCACUGCCCGGGCCAGAGAGCUGCAGGAUGAGGCUGCCCGUGAUGGGACAGCUCAGGAAAACAUGGAGCUGCAGCACUUGCUCAGGGACAUCAAGCCUGCCCUGAAGGGGACAAAGGACACAUACCCCAAUGUCCCUGAGGACUUGGUGGCCAAGGUGGCCAUGGCUGAGCAGCUGUGGGAGGCCAACACCCGCCUCGCCAAGGAUCACCUGCUGGGGACACUUCCAGACAGCAUCACGUUCUAUUUCUAUUGUGGUCCUGCUGGCCCCAAUGCCUGUGAAGUGGCCGAGCGGUGCCAGAGAGCCAUCGAGGACAUCCCAAGGCUCCUUCGACCCCCGGAGCGUCCCCAGAGCGUCCCCAAGGUGUCCCCAGUGAGCAUGGAACUCCAAAAGGUGCAACCGGGGCAGAGAACAGAGAGGGACAGAAAGGACACUGAGAGGCCAUAA